AUGGCUCCCACUUCAUUUAUCCAGUCCAGUGAAAUCUCCAGCAGCCAAGAAGAGGAAGUUUCAUUCCCCUAUCAGGACCAGGAACACCAUAGGUCCUUGUUGGAAAACCCACUGGAUCAGCAGAUGGCUGACCUGGUGCAGUUCCUGCUUCUCAAGUAUCGAAUGAAGGAGCUGACCACCAAGGCCGAAAUGCUGAGUAGCGUCAUCAAAAAUAACCAGGAGGACUUCCCUGUGGUCUUCAGUGUGGCCUCUGAGUGCAUGCACCUGGUCUUUGGUAUCCAUGUUGAGGAGGUGGACCCCUCCAACCACUCCUAUGCUGUUGUUAAUGCUUUGGGCCUCACCUAUGACGGGAUGCAGGGCGAUGACCAGAGCAUGCCCAAGACGGGCCUUCUGGUAAUCAUCCUGUGCAUCAUCUUCAUGGUGGGGGACCGUGCCUGUGAGCAAGAUGUCUGGGAAAUGCUGAGUGUGAUGGGGGUGUAUCCCGAGAGGGAACACUUCAUCUACGGGGAGCCUAGAAAACUCAUCACUGAAGAUUUCGUGCAGGAACAGUACCUGGAGUAUCGCCAGGUGCCUGGGAGUGAUCCUGCUUGCUAUGAGUUCCUUUGGGGUCCAAGAGCACGUGCUGAAACCAGCAAGAUGAAAGUCCUGGAGUACUGGACCCAGGUCCAUGGGAGUGACCCUAGGUCCUACCCUUUCCUGUAUGAAAAGGCUUUGAGAGAUGAGGCAGAGUGCGCCAAAGUAUCAGAUGUAGCCAGGGCCACUAGGGUGCCCAGGGGACGGCCCAGGACCAGGAAACAUGGCAGGGCCGCAACCCGAAGCUUCCACACCCCCCACGUGAGAUAGGGCCCAUUUUUGUUGGAAGAGAGAAGUCACCUUUCUAAGUAGUGAGGGGCCAGGGG